ACGCUAAAUUUGCAACAAGGGCCUGGUUGCUAUAUUGUAAUAGUACAAUAUUUGAAAAUCAGGCCCUAUGUCGCAUCUUUUAGUAGUUAGAGGAUGUAAUGUUAAAUGCUUAUUUUCUAGAAUAUUAAGACCCAAUAACUUAACAGUGAUGUCAUCAACAAGCGGUUAUCAGGUUUACCGACAAGGAAUGGACAAAGAAGCUCAUUUAGAUAAGAUCCUCAACAUGGCUCAGUCGGAUAAACGAGAGGAGGAAAUUGAUGUGAAAAUAGGUCGCCCGAGGGUCAGGGGAAUGGACCUGCUGAGGGAUCCACAUCAAAAUAAGGCAAUGUGUUUCACACUAAGGGAACGUCAGUUGCUCGGCCUACACGGUCUCUUGCCGCCAAAUAUAAUAACACAAGACCAGCAAGUAUACUUUGUCAUGCAGAACUUUUACCGCUGGGACAACGACCUGGACCGUUUUAUAUAUAUGAUGUCUCUUCAGGAUCGUAAUGAGAGGCUGUUUUACAGGACAAUAAUGCAGAAUGUAGAGUUGAUGAUGCCGAUAAUAUAUACACCAACCGUAGGACAGGCUUGUCUCAAAUAUGGUCUGACACUCAGAAAACCCAGAGGGCUGUACAUUACAAUUCACGAUCUUGGCCAUGUGUAUGACAUUCUAUGUAACUGGCACAUCGAUGAUAUCAAGGCAAUAGUGGUAACAGACGGUGAGAGAAUCCUUGGGCUUGGAGACUUGGGCUGUUUUGGUAUGGGUAUACCGGUUGGAAAGCUGUCACUAUACACAGCACUUGCCGGGGUACAACCUCAUCAAUGUCUACCUAUAAUGAUCGACGUCGGCACGGAUACCGAGUCACUGCUAAAAGAUCCGCUGUAUAUUGGCUUGAAACAGAAACGUGAACGCGGACCAGCCUAUGAUGCCCUUAUUGAAGAAUUCAUGCACGCAGUCGCUAAAAAAUAUGGUGGCAAUUGUUUAAUACAGUUUGAAGAUUUUGGCAAUCAUAAUGCAUUUAGGUUGCUGGAAAAAUACAGAAACACUUAUUGUUGUUUUAAUGAUGAUAUUCAAGGUACAGCUUCUGUCGCUGUGGCAGGCAUAUUUGCUAGUUUGAAAAUCACCGGUAAAUCACUCAAAGAAAAUGUGUUUGUAUUUCAAGGUGCAGGAGAGGCAUCAAUCGGAAUAGCUAAGCUUCUAGUAAUGGCUUUAUUAGAGGAAGGUGCUAGUGAAAGUGAAGCCUAUAGUAAGAUCUGGAUGGUUGACUCUCGCGGACUUAUCGUCAAGGAUCGGCCAGCAGGUGGUGUCUCGGGACAGAAGAUACCGUUCGCACAAAAACAUGCACCAAUCGACAAGCUGGAGGAUGUCAUAAAGACCAUCAAACCUACAGCUAUUAUUGGUGCUGCUGCCCAGCCAGGAGCAUUCACGGAGACUAUUUUACGAAGUAUGGCGGAAUUUAACGAACACCCUAUCAUAUUUGCACUCAGUAAUCCGACGAGUAAAGCCGAAUGUACAGCUGAACAAGCGUAUAAAGCCACGAAUGGAAAGUGUGUGUUUGCUAGCGGAAGUCCAUUCCGUCCGGUGACAUUGGACGGGAAGACGUUCUACCCAGGACAGGGUAAUAAUGCGUAUGUGUUCCCUGCAGUAGGUCUCGCAACUAUUGCUUGUGAUAUCAGAACAAUUCCUGAAUGUAUUUUCCUAGAAUCAGCCAAGGCUCUUGCGAACCUGGUUUCCAAGGAAAAUCUAGCAGAAGGUCGAGUUUACCCACCAUUAGCGGAUAUUAGGAAGGUAUCCACGGACAUUGCUGUUUUCCUUGCUGAAUACGCUUAUAAACAGAAUCUGGCGUACCAUUUCCCCGAGCCCGCAGACAAGAGACAAUUUAUAGAGUCCCAUCAAUAUAACAUAGAGUAUGAGGAAUAUGUACCUCCACUAUAUGACUGGCCAGGUCAUAGCACCAAACUUUAAAUUAUAAACAUACAGAAUAUAUGACUGAACUUAUUGUUUAUGUUUGACAUACAUUCAUUAUGUGUGACAUACAUUCAUUAAACAUAAUGUAGUAAUUGUUGCUUUAAAGUUGGUAUUUCAACUUCUGUUUGCUUAGUAUGUUUGUUUGUUUUACUUUGUGCAUUUAUUCAAAUGUCUUUGAGUAUAUUGUAUAUUAUAGCUUUUGUUACAUAUUUUGUUUAGUGAAAUAUUUAUUAAUGUUUUUGUUUUCAUAUCAAGAUAUAUUUACUUUUUAAAAGUUUCAUUUACAUUUGACAUAUUGGUCAAUAUACAGUUAAUAUGUUUGUUUAGUAUAAAUAAAGCAAUUGGAAUCGGC